AUGACGGAGACACUCGAAUACACGCUCUUCUACUGGCCAGAGAUCCCAGGUCGCGGCGAGUUUGUACGUCUCUGUUUCGAAGCUGCCGGUGUCGAGUACAGCGAAGUCAACGAUGUGCCGGAACUUCAGAAGCUGCUUCUGAACAAGGAUGUACCCGGGAUCGCUGCUCCGCACUUUGCCGUCCCUGUGCUCGGUGUUCGCAGCGGCCAUACAGCGGAUACUCACACCAAGAAGGCCAAGUCAGAUGCUGCUUCGGACGUCCAGACCUCUCACCAGAAGCACUACAUCAGCCAGACUCCCGCCAUCCUGAGCUUCCUUGCUCCUCGACUCGGACUGCUUGGCGAUGCAGACAAGCUCCAAGGACUCGAGCGGGAUGUAGCAGCUGCACAGAUCCAUCAGCUUUGCGCCACCGCACUCGACCUCAACAACGAAGUUCAUGACUCGCACCAUCCCAUCUCGGUCUCGGCGUACUACGAAGAUCAGCGCGACGAGGCCAAGAAACGAGCUGCCGACCUGCGCGCCAACCGCAUCCCCAAAUUCUUACAGGUCUUCCAAGUCGCGUUGCAAGGAGAUGGUGCUGGAUUGGACCAGAAGAAGGACGGCGGACGAAGGCUGUGGGGUAGCAAGACGAGUAUUGCCGACUUGACCGUGUUCCAGGUGAUUGAUGGCUUGCAGUUUGCUUUCCCCAAGUAUAUGCAGAAGUUGAAGGAUGGCGGAAAGUACAGUCACGUCUUCUCUCUGCAUCAAGAUGUCAAGGACGAGCUGAAAGAGUACUUGGAGAGCGAGAAGAGGCUUCCCUACUCGAACGGUGUGUUCCGUUACUAUCCGGAGCUCGACGAAGAGUAG